AUGCAAGACGAUGGCACAUUUGUUAUACAACCUGAAAUAAAAGGAAAUGUACAAUAUCUUAUUGAUUUGUUGAAGAAAAAAUGUAUUGAUGAUGCAAAAUUAGCUAAAUUAUCCAAACGUAAUCAAUUAUUAUCAUCACUAGAUAAAACCACAGAUACGUCAUCAACAAUAACAAAAGCAACGUCGCCUGUUCCAUCCAAUAGUUCAUCAGAAGUAAUAACAUCAAAAUCUUCUAAUUUAUCAAUUAAUGAACAUAGAACAUAUCUAAUUGAUACAUUGAAUAGCUGGUGCGAAAACAAUAAAUCAAAAUUUGAUUUAUCACAAUUAUCUUUAGUUGAAGGUCAACAUUAUUUUAUUUCGAUAUUUGAUGAUCCAAGUGGUCUAUUAAAAGGUAAUAUAAAAUGCUGUUGUAAAAAAUCGUUAUCAUUGACAAUCUUCCGUGGUAAAUUUCAACUGUCGAACUUCUACAGACAUUUACAAGACUUUCGUAAGGGUAACACAUGUAACACAAUAAAAGAAAUAAUAAAAAUUCAUCAAUUAACGUCAUCAACAACAGCAGAUAAUCAACAAUUAAUUGCAACUCCAAAUACUGUGCCACAUCAAGGAUCAUCAUCACUAAAUUUUGUACCUUCCGCACCAGUAUUAGUCACAAUCCCAUCAAAUUCAACAUUUUCUACAUUGUCAUCUAUCUCAAUAUCAACAGAUGCUCAUGAAAGUAUUGAAAAAUCGUCCUCAUCAUUAAAAACUAAAAGAAAAGUAAAAAGAAAGUUUAACUCAAUAGAAUCUUCGUAUAAUACGAGAAAAGAAGCAAAAAGAACGAGAAGAGAAUAAGAUUUACAUACGCAACACUGUCUUGUUUAUACUUCUCGUAUUAUUUCUUUGAUCGUAUUCCAUUCAGAAACAUUUUUUUAUUAAGUCGAUGUUUUUUAACUCAGUGAUUUACUUAUUAUUUUCUUAAUUGUUUAUCUUUUACAUAAUUAAUUGUUUUCAUAUGUAUAUGUUCGUUUUUUUUAAUUGGUUUUACAUUUUAUUGAUCAUUAUUAAGCAAAUACAUGAGAUGCUGAUAGUAGUAAAAAAUCCUUUUUACUUUGAAUGAACGGUUAUUAAAUAAUCUUUGUAUAGUCUCUGCGAAAGUCUGCAUGUCUUUUUCACUGACAUCAUAUUUGUUCUUUGUUUUUAACAGCUGAUUGCAGAAAGCAACAGAUCUUACGCUAGCAUUGGACUCCAGAACUUCAGAGAAGACCGGAGUCUAUUGAAGUCCAAUUAAGUUCAUUGAAGUCCUGAAGUCCGCUGUUUCCCCCUUGUCAUAACCAGAUCUCAAUGAGGUAUGAAAAACCUAAGAGAAUUCAUCCCAGCAUGCCUUUGUUCCAGAGAUACCGAAUUUUUAAGAAAUCUUUUUCAU